UAGAAACUAUACAAUACUCUAAGGUGAGAAAGUGAAGAAAGAAACUACAGUACUCUGUAUUGCUCUUCUUUCCCAGUCCACAACAGUUUUAAUUCUUGUGAUGUAUUUCAACAAUGAAUUGUCUGAUCUGAAAGAUUGUCUCCUUAGCGUGCUGCAAGAUAAAUUUUCCUCGGAUGUUGGAGGGGGUCGAAUAAAUUUCUUUCUAUGGGACUUAAAAUUUGUUGAUUGUUUUCUCUAUUUGAAAAGCUUCCCUUUUGCAAGUGAAUGCGGUAUGCUAAAUGUCUCUCAGAAAAUGAUAGAAUUUUGGAAAAGUGAGUAUACUAGAAUACUUACCAUUUGUCACGAUUCAGGAACACAAUACAGGAACAAGAACGUACGUAUGAGGAGUCUGUAUCUUGAAAAAGUUUGGGUUGCUUUUAAAUCAUUUGCCUACUGGAAGGAGGUAAUUUGGAAGACUAAACAAGAAUUCAGAGCCGAAUAUUCCUUUCCGAAAACAUCGCUUGAAGCCAACAAGGUGGAUGAUGUUAAUACGCAUAGCCCCAAAUUUGUGAUGGAAGUCAUCGAUGUUUUUGUGGAGAACCUCAAUGAUCUAAUGAAGAUCAAUGAUCCAUCUUCGUGGCUUUUUGUUCCAGGACACAUGAAGGAACAAAUAGAAAAAGUGUUAAAGGAAUUGAAGUUAUUGAGAUUUUUUGUCUGCUUUGUUUCUAACAAAUGUAUAGAGCCUCAAUACCAACAUACUACUUUUUAUACUCACGCUUUAAUUGAGGCUAGCCACAACGCAAUGGUUGUGUGGUUGCAUUUGCCAGUCUAUGGCAGCGGAAAUCAAGACUUGGCUCCAACUGAAGUCAGUCGUUUGCUUUCUGAUUUCAUGGAAAUGAAGAUUAAGUCCAUUGAGCCAGGCAUCAGCCGCAACAGUAUUUAUAUUGAUGUCCUGCAAGCUUUGAAGUCCACCAUACCACAAGCUCAAAAGAAGCAUGUGGAUAUUCCAACACACAGUCAGACGGUUGGUUUGAGUGAUCAAAUGGCUAACCUUCAGGAGAUGCUCUGCCUUCUAAGAGACAAUCUCAUUCAUCUUCCAAUACUAGAUCUGGAAUUUCAUCUUCAAGAUAUGGAUUCUGUUAUUGUUGAUGCCGGACUUCUUAUUUACUCAUUAUAUGAUAUUAAGGGGGAGAAGGAAGACACAAUAUUGGAGGAUAUCAAUCGGGAGCUUGGUUUUGAUCUUCCCAGAAACAUUGAGCCUAUCAAGGUGAUGGUCUACCUCGUCAUGCAAAAGGCAUUUCAAUGUAACUUGCCAAGGAUUCAUGGACUAGGCUAUGUCGAUUUUCUAUUGAAAAACCUGAAGGAUAUCCAAGGCCGUUAUUCAAAUUCACUUGCCUUCCUCAAGAAUGAACUUCAAGUAAUUCAAACGAAAUUUGAGAGCAUGCAACCUUUCUUGAAGGUUGUCGUAGAAGAGCCACACAAUAAGCUCAAGACACUGAAUGAAGAUUGUGCUACACAGAUAAUUAGGAAGGCAUAUGAGGUGGAAUAUGUAGUUGAUGCUUGUAUAAACAAAGAAGUUCCUCAGUGGUGCAUCGAGCGUUGGCUCCUGCAUAUCAUAGAGGAGAUUACUUGUAUCAAAGCAAAGAUUCAGGAAAAGAACACAGUUGAGGAUACAAUGAAGAGUGUCAUUGCAUCAUCACAAUUGGCAAGGACUCCAAGGAUGAAUGAAGAGAUUGUUGGGUUUGAGGAUGUCAUAGAAACUUUAAGAAAAAAACUACUGAAUGGAACGAAAGGGCAAGAUGUCAUUUCAAUGCACGGCAUGCCAGGUUUAGGUAAGACAACUUUAGCCAACAGACUCUAUUCUGAUAGGUCAGUUGUUUCUCAAUUUGAUAUUUGUGCACAAUGUUGUGUGUCUCAAGUAUAUUCUUAUAAGGACUUGUUAUUGGCCUUGCUACGUGAUGCUAUUGGUGAGGGUUCUGUGCGAACAGAACUUCAUGCCAAUGAAUUAGCUGAUAUGCUUCGCAAAACUUUAUUGCCCCGAAGGUACCUUAUCCUUGUUGAUGACGUGUGGGAAAAUAGUGUUUGGGAUGAUUUAAGUGGUUGUUUCCCAGAUGUCAAUAACAGAAGCAGAAUCAUUCUGACGACAAGACAUUAUGAAGUUGCCAAAUAUGCUAGUGUUCAUAGUGAUCCCCUUCAUCUUCGUAUGUUUGACGAAGUUGAAAGUUGGAAGUUGCUUGAAAAGAAAGUGUUUGGUGAAGAAAGCUGCUCCCCUCUCCUAAGAGAUAUUGGGCAGAGAAUAGCAAAAAUGUGUGGACAACUACCUCUUUCAAUUGUUUUGGUGGCUGGUAUUCUGUCAGAGAUGGAAAAGGAAGUAGAAUGUUGGGAACAAGUGGCCAACAAUUUGGGUACCCACAUUCACAAUGACUCAAGAGCCGUUGUAGACCAAAGCUAUCAUGUUUUACCCUGUCAUCUUAAGUCUUGCUUCCUUUAUUUUGGAGCAUUUUUAGAGGAUAGAGUGAUUGACAUUUCAAGGUUAAUAAGGUUAUGGAUAUCAGAAUCAUUUAUAAAAAGUUGUGAAGGCAGGAGGUUGGAGGAUAUAGCAGAAGGUUACUUGGAGAAUCUUAUUGGAAGAAAUCUAGUAAUGGUUACUCAGAGGGCCGAUUCAGAUGGUAAGGUCAAAGCAUGUCGCCUUCAUGAUGUAUUACUCGACUUCUGCAAGGAAAGAGCAGCUGAGGAGAAUUUUCUACUUUGGAUAAAACGGGAUCAGAUUACCAAAGCUGCUUACUCUCGCAAGCAGCAUACUCACUUGGCCUUAACUGAAAUGGAUAAUCUUUUAGAAUGGAGUACGUCUGGCUCACUUGUUGGCUCUGUACUUUUUAAGAAUUAUGGCCCAUACUUCAUCCGUAGUCUCUUAUCCUCUCAUGCUUUUGAAAUUUCACACAUUUUACCACAUUUCAAGUCUAAAGUACUGGAUUUGGAACACCGGGUUGUUAUUGAUUUUAUUCCAACUGAGCUCCCUUACUUGAGGUAUUUCUCUGCGCUCAUUGAUCAGAAUUCAAUUCCUUCAAGCAUAUCCAAUCUUUGGAACCUUGAAACUCUUAUAUUAAAGGGUACAUCAGCUAAGACACUAUUACUACCUAGUACAGUUUGGGAUAUGGUUAAAUUGAGAUAUCUGUAUAUUCCUAACUUCAGCCCUGAAAAUAAAAAAGCAUUACUCGAGAACUCUCCAAAACUUGAUGAUUUGGAAACCCUUUCCAAUCCAUAUUUCGCUCGUGUUGAGGAUGCAGAAUUGAUGCUGAGAAAAACACCUAAUUUUCGAAAACUGAUAUGUGAAGUCGAGUGCGUAGAAUACCCCCAUCAGUACCAUGUGUUGAAUUUUCCAAUAAGGCUUGAAAUACUAAAGCUUUACCGAUCAAAAGCCUCUAAAACCAUCCCACUUUGCAUCUCGGCACCAAAUCUCAAAUACCUGAAACUCUCUGGCUUUUACCUGGAUUCUCAGUACUUAUCAGAAACUGCUGAUCAUCUCAAGCACCUUGAGGUUCUCAAACUGUACAACGUUGAAUUUGGUGAUUACAGGGAAUGGGAAAUUAGCAAUGGCAAGUUCCCUCAACUCAAAAUCUUGAAACUAGAAAAUUUGUCCUUGAUGAAAUGGAUUGUAGCCGAUGAUGCCUUUCUUAAUCUUGAACAAUUGGUCUUGCAUGAUUGUCCAGAUCUUAUGGAGAUCCCUUCUUGUUUCAUGGACAUCCUUUCUCUCAAUUACAUUGAGGUAGACAUGUCCAACAAGUUUGUUGUUAUGUCAGCCAAGAGUAUAGAAGAAACACAAGUCGAAGAUAAUCAAAAUACUAAUUUCAUGCCCGUCAUCAUCAAGUAUUUCAUGCAGAAAAUGGUGUUGAAAUUCGAUACAUCUAAUGAAAAAGAGAUAAGUAAGGCAUUUGAUAGAUUAGUCUCUCUUCAAGGGAUACAAUCAAUUGCAAUUGAUAAGAAUGAGAAGAAAUUUACUGUGAUUGGAGAUAUGGAUGCUGAUGAAGUUCGAUUAGUUGUGAGCAAACUGAGAAAGCGUGGCAUGCUGUAACGAAAUGCUGAGCUCUGGUGAACUCAACCAUGAUGGAUUUCCAGAAAAUGACAAGGUUAUAGUCCCAUUGUAAUUUGUUCAAAUUCAACUCAAAACGCCCAUUUAUCACCUCUAACUGAUGACCACAUCUGCAAAGUUAAUGGUAUUGUUGAUGAUUUUCAAAGCAAGGUUGAGGAACUAGUUACUUAAGCUAGGACCUAAGACUUUUACCCAUUUUCAACUGUGAUUUUUGUUGUAUGAUAAAUGGACAUUUUUAAGGCAGUUCUCACACAAA